CUAUGCAAUAUCCUGAGCAGCUCCUGCGCACACAAGAGGGGGCCUGACUCUUGGAGAAAUUUGAUCCUGCUUUCGGCCCUUUAAAGGAAAAUGGGAUGAGUCUGUUGAAUGGAGCUAUGAGUGAGUUUCACCGGAGAGUUCAAAAGCAAGCGAAGGGCAGAGGCAGCAGUGGCGGCACUGACCGGCCGCGGAGCUUAUAUGAAAACUCGAAUAAAUGAGAUGAAUGAGUGGAGAGGAAGGGAAGACGGCAGAGCGGGGGACAGGUUAUGAGCCGAACUGCGACGAAUCGCCGAGGAAGAGACCCGAGAGAAGAGGAGACAGACAACAAAGUCACAAGCCCGAGUCCAAAGGCGGAGGCCUGAAUCCUCGCCAUGGCUGACGUGCUGGAGAGCAGCGGAUCCGGAGCCGGAGCCGUAGGAGCGGCCAGUGUGGACUGGCAGAAACGCUGCGUCGCUCUGGAGAUGCAACUGCUGAGGUUCCGCCUGCAGGCAGGGAAAAUCCGAGAGCUGCUGGCAGAAAAGAUGCAGGAGCUGGAGCACAGGGUGUCAGAAGCCGACCAGAGGGCUGAGAAAGCUGAAAAACAGAUCCAGGUCCUGGAAGAGAAGCUGAAGUCUGCAAACGUGCAAACCGGCGACUCGGAGAACUCGCUUUACAAAAAGUAUCAGGACCUGACCAAUCAGCUCCAGGAGAAGGAUGCUGUAAUCAAGAGAUUAGAGGUCCAGCUGGAACAACAGAUGUUAGUCAGAGCCCAGGAGGCAAAAAUUAUCGAAGAGAAGGCUGCCAAGAUUAAAGACUGGGUCACGUUUAAGCUCAGAGAGAUGGAGCUGGAGAACCAGCAGCUGAAACUCGCAAAUGUGAAGCAGACGGAGCAGAUUGUGCUGCUGCAGGACAAGCUGCAGUCUCUCUUGGAGAAGCCUGCGUCCUGUGGAUCCCCUGCCACCUCCCCCGUGUUGGAUGCCCACCUGGUGCCCAGCAGCCCGCUGUUUCCUCCCAGCUGCCCCGGCACGCCGCCCGCCCAGGAUGACAGCUGGAGACAGACUGGUCUGCGUGGGGGAGCCUCUAACAUCAAGAGCCUGCCAACAGAUGUGAAAAGGACUCCAGAAUUGGUCAGCAAAGGACUCUGUCUCGGAGACUUGACGGCCUACGACGGUCAGAGCUGGAUCAGGGACGGCCCCAGCAGCUCUGUCACCGGACCAGAGCUCCCAGUGGGCCCUGAGAGCAAACCGGGGGGCCCCGACAGGGACAACUCCUCCGAUGAGCUCAGCAGCAAGUUCCGCUCUCAGUGCCUCCACUCGUCCUCGUCCUCUUCAUCUUCGUCCUCUGCGUACGAGAUGGCGCACAGACCAAGCUCUCCUGGGUUGACCAUGACCGUAGCCCCCAGAAGCCCCCUCUUUUCCCGAUCGCCCUCUACCAACAAUCCCUUUCCCAUCUGUCCCCAGCUCCCCGGUCAUCAGUCAGGCACCAGCAUGACACUCCCCAAAGUACGAACUCCGCUCACCCCCAGGGACAGCAUCCAGCUGGUGAAGAAGCAUUACAGCCAGCCGCAGCCCAGCCUGGACCGACUGCACCACCUCAACAUCAACAUAGAUAUCAUGACGUCGUCCUCCGCCUCGUCAACCCUGAAGAGCAGCGGCACUGCCGCUUCGCCGUUCUCUCAGCUCGUGGAGGAAACGGACAUCGACGACGGGCUCCUGGAUGGCAUGGACGAAGCGAUGGAGGGGACGGAGCCGGAGGAGCCGUGUCAGGACGGCGUCUCCUUCGUGGGACUAGCAGAGGAGCUGGAGCAGCUCGAUCCGGAGGCGGUCAAGCCGCCGACUCCUCCUCUGCAUCGCUUCCCCUCAUGGGAGAGUCGGAUCUAUGCUGUGGCAAAGUCGGGAAUGAGAGUCUCGGAGGCCGGGGCUUUGGCCAGGGGUCUUGGACGAGGCUCUACCCUGCCCCAGUAUCCCGCAUCAGGGCCUUUUACUCAGCUGAUCUACAAGAACAUCAACGUUCCAGUCUACACCACACUGAAGGGGAAAGCCACCCAGAUCAGCAGUGUGCCUCUCCCAGACGACGACUCCGGCUCGGAGGACGACAGCAGCUCGCUGGCCAGUCUGCGAACCUCCAUCUUGAGCCCAGAGAGGAAGGGCAGCGUCCCCGGGAGCCCACGUGCCGUAAAGAGAGGUGUGUCCAUGUCCUCCAUCAGCUCAGAGAGUGACUACGCAAUCCCGCCGGAUGCGUACUCCCUGGACAGCGACUACUCCGAACCCGAGCACAAAGUCCAGCGCACUUCCUCCUACUCCUGUGAGAGUACCGGGCCCGAGACGAUGGAGAAGUCGGGGUACCUGCUGAAAAUGGGCAGUCAGGUGAAAGCCUGGAAGCGUCGCUGGUUCGUCCUCAGAAACGGGGAGAUCCUCUAUUACAAGUCUCCAAGUGAUGUAAUCAGAAAACCUCAGGGUCAGAUUGAGCUGAACUCGUCCUGCUGCAUACUACGUGGAGAGGGAGCACAGACUUUUCAACUGAUCACAGAGAAGAAGACCUUCUGUUUGACGGCUGACUCGCCCAACAUCCUGGAGGAAUGGAUCAGAGUUCUGCAGAACAUCCUGAAAGUCCGAUCCAGCAGCCCCGUUACCGUGGAUACGAGGGCAAAGCCCACCGUGAGAGGCUGGCUCACAAAGGUCAAACACGGACACUCGAAGCUGGUCUGGUGUUCGUUGGUGGGGAAAGUCUUCUGCUACUUUCGCAACCAGGAGGACAAGUUUCCUCUGGGCCAGCUGCAGAUGAGGGAGGCGUCCGUGCAGGAAGUCGAUCGCUCCUGCGACUCAGACGAGGACUACGAGGCCGGCGACCGCGGCUUCCUCUCCUCGCACUGCACCUUGGUGGUCCAACCCAAAGACCAGAGCCCGACUUAUCUGCUCAUUGGCACCAAGCAGGAGAAGGAUACAUGGCUGUAUCACCUGAAUGUAGCCGCCGGCAGCAGCGCGACCCUGAAGGUCGGCACGGAGUACGAGCAACUCAUUGGUAAACUUAUGGAUGUGGAGGGAGACCCAGAGUCUGUGCUGUGGAAGAGCGAGGCCUUGAGCUUCUGUAAGGAGGGUCUGCGCUCGCCUCUCACCACUUUGCCGUCUGAAGCCCUGCAGACCGAAGCCCUCAAACUCUUCAAGUCCUGUCAGCUUUUCAUCAACGUUCUGGUCGAGUCCCCUUCCGUUGAUUACCACACGUCGCUGGCCCAGAAUGCUCUGCAAGUGUGUCUGACCCACCCGGAGCUGCAGAACGAAAUGUACUGCCAGCUGAUCAAGCAGACCAAUCGCCGGACGCCGCACAACUACUCCCUAACCCAGUGUUGGCAGCUGUUGUCGCUGUGUGUGGCGCUGUUCCUCCCACAGCAGCAUUUCCUCUGGUACCUCAGGCAGUAUCUUCAGCACAACACCGACCCCAGGACCGAGGUGGGGAAGUAUGCCGUAUACUGCCAGAGAUCUUUGGAGAGGGCGCUACAGAACGGAGAACGGGAAGCGAAACCUUCCCGGAUGGAGAUUGUGUCCAUCCUGCUGAGGAACCCUUACCAUCACUCGCUGCCGUUCAGCAUCCCAGUGCAUUUCAUGAACAACACAUAUCAGGUCGUCGGGUUUGACGGCUCGACUACGGUGGACGAGUUCCUCAGCACACUGAACCAGCGGAUCGGCAUGAGGAAGCCGCAGCUGACAGGGUUCGCCCUUUUUACCGACGAUCCAUCUGGCAAAGACCUGGAGCACUGCCUGCAGCCGUCAGCAAAGAUCUGUGAUGUCAUUUCCAAGUGGGAGCAGGCUCUGAAAGAACUGCAUCCUGGGAAAAAUGAAGGGACGCGGAUUGUUCGGCUAACCUACAAAAACAGGCUGCGUUUCAGAUCUCAGGUCAAAGGAGAGACGGAGCGAGAGCGCCUCCUGCUGGUCUACCAGGUGAACGACGAAGUUCAGCAAGGCCUGUUCCCUGUGAACAAAGAGCUGGCUCUGGAGGUGGCCGCGCUCAUUGCACAGGUUGAGCACGGUGAUUUCGAGCGGUCAGGCGUUUCCUCUCCUGCCGGCUCUCCUCAGUCCAAAUCUCAGCUGAUUCUCCUGCAGGCCUUGGAGCGCUUCUAUCCCAAACGCUACAAACAGGAAUGCACCACAGAGCAGCUGAGAGAUCUUACCGAGCGUCUGGCCUCCAAGUGGUCGAUGCUUCAUGGGUGCAGCGCGGCCGAAUGUGUGAGGAUAUAUUUGACCGUAGCGCGGAAAUGGCCACUGUUUGGCGCCAAGCUCUUCAGUGCAAAGCCUGUUCCUCCUUCUCCGGUUGACCAGAGCCAGGUGUGGCUGGCAGUCAGCGAGGACGGACUCUGUGUCCUAGACGACACGAUGCACACCUUGUUCACGUACCCCUACCAUUCGGUGAUCACCUUUGGUGGGUGUCGUGAUGAUUUCAUGGUGGUCACCAGCCAGCAGAGGGAGUCUGGCGUUGGAAAGAAGAAUGUAGAAAAGCUGGUGUUUGCAAUGACCAAGCCAAAGAUACUGGAGCUGACGCUGCUCAUGGCCAGCUACAUCAACCACUGGAACCCCGCCGUGCCGUCGGCUUCCCACCAGCCGCUCGGCCACUGCGACGUGGACAGCCGGCACUUCCCGGCCAUGAACUACACCACCAAGGGCCCGACCCUGCUGUAAGCAGCAGCAGCAGAGAGGCUUCAUGACCCGCAGUUGCUGGUGGAAGACGGCGGGCAUGCACCACAUCCUGAGUUUUUAUCCUUACAGAACAGAGUUUUUGCUGUUUCUUUCUUCUUGUUUUUUUUUUUAAAUCGAGACUGAAGAUACACAAUUCUUCUGUUUUAACUUGUUUUAUUUAUUUAGAAAAUUGGAGGUACUGUCGGUCACAAACGGCUCAGUUUUCUGUCUGCAUCAGCAGCCAUUCGCCAUGGAUGCGACGGACAGCUUUUCGUUUUAUUUAGGAUACUGCUUGAACAUGUAGGCCAAGAGGCAUGUGGUGGUAUAUUAGUUAUUAAUAUAGUAUUACUGCCCCUUGAAAUUUUCCACAUUUUCUCAUGUGACAAUUAUUAACUACGAAAUAUUUUAUUGGGAUUUUAUGAGCUACACAAAGUAAUGUAUUGUCCUCUAAGCUGUUGGCCUGAACCACGCUGGUGUAUGGCUGCCAGAAUAAUGUCUAAUACAAGCAACUAGAUCACAACAAAUUUAACUAAAAAUACCUCAGUUUGGUAUUUAAAUCAUUUGAUGUAACUCGUGUAAUAUUUCAAAAACGCAAUAUUUUUUUUCUCCUAUUGGUUAUCGAGCAGAAGGAUUUUUAUUUUGGUUAACUUGUUUUCUCAAUUUAACGUUUAAUUUAAUUAGUUUUGUUUAGUGUAAAAAGUUUACUUCCUCUCGCUGAUAGUUCUGGCAAACCGAAAGAUUUAAAAAUAUUUUAACAAUUAUUUCUACCCUGUGAUAAAAUUACAUAUUUGGUCCAAUGUCAGAAGACUUGAAAUGAAAGGUUUAGGAGUUGGACUAGAUUCUGGACUUGAGGCUUCACUCGAGACACGAGACAAAACAAUGACCUAAUCCAAGACUGGAUUCCACAAUAAAAGCUGUAACGUGACCUCUGAAGGCUCUGGAUUUUAUUGUGGGGUGUCAGAUUACCAAUUAGUGCAAAUCACACUUUUUAGAUGUUUAUUUUUGAAAAUAUUUUUUAAAGCCACGCAUUAAUUGCCUUACAUUAUUAUGCACCACUUUGUAUAUCACCUAAAAUCCCAGCAAAUUACAUGGGAAGGUUACGGCUGCAGGAUGACAGAAUCUGGAAAAGUGAAAGGGGACGCAAAUACUUUUACAAGGUACUGUAAUUAUCUGUCUCAAAUGCAUUAUAAUUGUCGCAUAUUUGUAGUCAGAGUAUAGGAAGGUCAUUGUAGAUAAAGGUAGUCGGUAGAUAACGGUAACCAAUAUGACUGCCAAGUCAAACAAAGUAAGUGAAAACUGCCUUUUUAAUAGAUUUAUAGAUUUUUUUUUAACUCUUAAGAGACUAGGGUUAAAUUGAUUUCUUUUGUUGUUCUUUGAGGUUAUAUAAGCUUCUCGAUAUAGCCAGAUGUAGGCCUUGCAGAAUUAGAUGGGCUGAUAACGAAAGGUUCACAAGGGAACAUAGUGAAACGUGGAGCAGAGUAGUGAGCCAUCUAUGAUGCAUACGGAGCAAAACAUGAGACGUUGUGACGUUUUCCUGUGCCGCAGUGACCAACGCUAAGACCACUCACUGUUUUACUGACAGUUUGUACAAAGAGCUAUCAAACAUUUGAAAGACUUGAACUGCUUUGGAUAAACCACUGUUUCACUUGUGUUUUUUUAUUUUUUUAUUACUAAUUUAUUUGCUCUGUAACAAUUUGGGCCUUGUGAAAGGUUUUCCAUAAUUGCAAUGUUUUCAUUAGAAAACCUAGGUUUGCUUGGGUAAUUUAAUUACAACGUAUGUUUUCUUUGAUUGAUUUUUAUUUUAAUUUUUUUUUAUGGUUGUUUAUGUUGCCUGUGCACAUGUGAGGUAAUAAACUAAAUGGUACAACCUUUAAA